AUGUGUGAACCCAAUCGCACCGCAGUGCAAUGGGCCAGCGCGAGGGGAACCACACCUCCACUCCAGUCGCUCACACACAUGUCGAUGGAUACCACCACGCCGCCAUUCAGUGCACCCCACAGAGGUCACAGUGAAGUGGUCCAGCAACACAACGGUGUCCUUCCCACUCACAUUGCACACACAAUGACAGUCUCACAUGCUCAUAUCAGAGAGGCACUGCAGCAUUCCCUAAAAUGUACACCAAGCCACACACCUACAGAGAGGAAAAGAAAAUCACAAGAAAAGAACAACAACAACAAGAUACCAACAGCACACAAAGCACUCACAAUACAAUAA